AUGGCCCUGCCGACAGCCCUCACUAGAGGCAUCGCGGCUUCACGCACGACGUCCCAUAUCAUGAAGCCAAUAAACCCCAAAACAUUCCCUCGUCACUUGGCUGCGCCUUCCGCGACGAGAUCAUCUCAGAUCCACCGCUCCUUCAGUACCCGACCUGCCCUCCACUCCCAACAACAACAACCCAACGCACCAGACAAAUCGACCAACACCAGUGCCAACCAGAUCACCAACCAGGGCCAACAACAGAAGCAGGCACCAAAGGCCAACUAUGUGACCCUCCUCGACCAGCUCGGCGCGACCCGCCGCACCAAGAUCGUCGUGAUCGUAGCGCUAGGCAUUUUCGGCACCAUGGAGACCAUCUUCUACGUUAAGGGGUUCUUGCGCUGGCUGUACCCGCCUCCCGAGGACGAGAGCGAGCCCAAAGUGUACAACUGA